ACCAAUCUUUCUGGCGAAGAAGCUACACAGGCAGGUGUACUCGGUGCUUUGCGACGUAACACCUGGGUACAUCUCGCUUGUCACAGCAAGCAGGAUUGUGACCAACCUUACUAUUCGCAUUUUGCCAUGAGAGACAAACCUCUCACGCUACUUGAUAUUAUGGAGAAUGAUGCUCCGCAAGCGAAAUUCGCAUUCUUAUCGGCGUGUCAUACUGCUGUCGGUGAUCAGGAAACACCCAAAGAAGCCAUUUACCUCGCUGCUGGUCUGCAAUUUUCGAGGUUCAAGAAUGUCGUUGGCGCGCUGUGGGUAGUCGGCGACACUACUGCAAAACACGUCGUUGAAGCUUUCUAUCAGAAAUUGUUUAAGGAUUCGGAGGAGGGUGACAUGCCAGACAGUGUGAAGGUGGCCUUGGCACUCAACCACGCU